CAGCAUCAUUUAAGACGUUCCGAAAAUGACUGGUCGGGCACGAGCUAGAUCAAGAGGCAGAGCACGCGGCCAAGACACUGCUGCACCUGGAGCGAGCCAAGCUCGAGAGCCUGCGCCAGCAGCUCCCCCACCCGCAGAGGGAGAGCUGGUUGGUAGAGGGAGACAGAAAGGUGCUCCAGGACCCUAUUCUGCAGAAGCUAUUCUACAGAUUUCAGGAGGAUUUCAGCAGGUGAAGUUGGGCGAAAGAGGUGGACGCCGCCGGGAUUUUCACGAUGCAGGGGUUAACACCAGGCAGGCUAUGGAGCAUGUUAAGGACUCAAAGUCUGGAACAUCUGGUGCUGCCAUUCAGUUGACAGCAAACUUCUUUCGUAUCGUGUCCCGCCCUCAGUGGGUGCUGUAUCAGUACCAUGUGGACUUCAAACCACCAAUGGAGGCUCGUCGUCUGAGAUCUGCCCUCCUCUUUCAACAUGAGGAAGUACUUGGCUCAGCGCGGAGCUUUGAUGGAGCAAUUCUUUUUUUGCCUAACAGAUUGCACAACAAGGAAACUGUGCUCCACAGUGAGACGAGGAAUGGAGAGAAGGUUCAGAUAACUGUCACCUUGACAAAUGAACUGCCACCUACAUCACCUGUGUGCAUUCAGUUUUACAACAUCAUAUUCAGAAGGAUCUUGAGAAUUCUUGACAUGCAGCAGAUAGGACGCAACUACUACAACCCCAAAGAUCCACUGAACAUCCCACAGCACAGGCUGACCAUCUGGCCCGGCUACACCACAACCAUUUUGGGGUACGAGUCAUCCAUUAUGCUGUGUACUGACGUAAGCCACAAGGUGUUACGUAGUGAGACGGUCCUUGACUUUAUGUCCAACCUGAGGCAAAAGUGUGGAAAUCAACGCUUCCCUGAGAUCUGCGCCAAGGAGCUUGUUGGACUCAUAGUCCUUACCAAGUACAACAACAAGACCUACAGGAUCGAUGAUAUUGCUUGGGAUCACUCUCCCAACAAUACAUUCACGAGGGGAGACAAAGACAUUUCCUUUAAGAACUACUACAAGACUCAAUAUAACCUGGACAUCACUGAUGGGAACCAGGUGCUGCUGGUCAGCCAUGUGAAGAAAGCGAUGGGUCCUUCUGGAGGUCCUCCUCCUGGCCCUGCCAUGCUCAUCCCAGAGCUGUGCUACCUUACAGGCUUGACUGACAAGAUGCGAGCUGACUACAACAUCAUGAGGGACUUAAGCACCCACACCAAGUUGGAACCAGAGCAGAGAGAGGGACGCCUCAACAGAUUUAUUUCUAACAUACAGACGAAUACUGAUGCACAGGUGGAGUUGGAUAAGUGGGGACUCAACUUUGAUAAGCAGCUCCUGCAUCUGACUGGCAGAGUCCUCCCAGCGGAGAGGAUUUUCCAGGGACCAAAAUCGUAUGACUACAACCCCAGGGCAGCUGACUGGUCCAAAGAGAUGCGUGGGGUCCCUCUGAUCAGCUCUCCUGUGCUGGAAAGCUGGCUCAUGCUAUACACCCGUCGUAACAGCAACGAAGCCCAGUCCCUUCUGCAGACCCUCAACAGAGUCUCGGGUCCACUCGGUUUCCGCAUGCAGAGAGCUGUUAUGAUCGAGUAUGAGGAUCAUCAGGAGUCUCUUCUCAGAGCCCUGCAGCAAAAUGUUGGACCCCACACACAGAUGGUGGUGGUGGUCCUCCCCAGCAUCAGGAAGGACAAGUAUGAUAGCGUCAAGAAGUACCUCUGUGUGGACUGCCCCAUUCCCAGUCAGUGUGUGGUUUCCCGUACCAUCAGCAAACCUCAGACACUUAUGACUGUAGCUACCAAGAUUGCUCUGCAGAUGGCUUGUAAGAUGGGAGGAGAGCUCUGGAGUGUGGAAAUCCCUCUCAAACAACUGAUGAUUGUGGGCAUCGACUGCUACCACGACACCAUUGCUGGGAAAAGGUCCAUUGGAGCUCUAGUGGCCAGCCUCAACCAAGGAAUGAGCAGGUGGUUCUCAAAGUGUGUUCUGCAGCACAAAGGCCAGGAAAUUAUGGACGGACUGAAGAUGGCCUUGAGUGCUGCACUGAAGGCCUAUCUCAAGUUCAACAACUGCCUGCCUUCGCGCAUCAUUGUGUACCGAGAUGGAGUGGGAGACGGCCAGCUGCACAGUGUGGUCAACUAUGAGGUUACACAGAUCAAGGACUCCAUCAAUUCAAUGGGCCACGACUACAUGCCCAAGCUGAGUGUGGUAGUGGUGAAGAAGCGCAUCAGCAGCAGGUUUUUUGCUCACAUCAAUGGAAAGGUGUCCAACCCUCCACCAGGUACCAUUGUUGACUCAGAGGUCACCCGUCCAGAGUGGUAUGACUUCUACAUAGUGAGCCAGGCUGUCCGCAGUGGAAGCGUCUCCCCAACACACUACAACGUUGUUUACGACACCAGUGGCCUGAAACCUGAUCAUAUGCAGCGUCUUACCUACAAGCUGUGUCACAUGUACUUCAACUGGCAGGGAAUCAUCCGCGUGCCCGCUCCCUGCCAGUACGCCCACAAGUUGGCCUUUCUUGUGGGUCAAAGCAUCCACAGGGAGCCCGGUGUGAAACUGGAUGACCUCCUCUUCUACCUCUAAAAGGUUAAAGACAAGCUAUUUGUUUGGAUGUGACUCUUGAAUCACCUUGGGAAAAACAAUAUGUAUACUUUUGUUACAUAAGUUCUCUUCAGUUUAGAUGUAAGUUGGUUUUGCCAGAGUGUGCUAAGAGUUUGUUUGCGUUUCUAGCCUCAGAAUGCCCUCUGUAUCAAGUUAUGCAGUUCAAGUGCUUUGUUUUACACAACUAAGACAAAACUCCCAGGUCUAAUGCUAGCACAUGUGCUAAAAUAAUCAACGAUGCACCCUGUCUGCUGUUGGAAAUAAACUUUGAGGUUUGUUAAGAAGAUGACAUUGUUCAGAGUAAAAUGUCAAGUAACUUUAAUUGCGUUAACUCUAGCCGGCCCUGAAAUGAGAAAUAUUUCUGACUAAAUGUCAUAUUGUAUUAAC